AUGAAAUUGUGUCCUGUCAAGUGCAGAAACUGCAACGGCCUACAGUGUCUAGAUUCUGUGAAAAUCGACUGCGCUGAAGUCCGCCGACUUGGCGGUUGCAAACUUCCAAUGGCUGCUGAGUACUGUCCACGGUCCUGCAGACUCUGUGCUACACCGCCGGCACUUGCAGAGAGCUUACCACCGUGUAAAGACGAAUUAGAGAACUGUAUAGACCUUGCCGAAAGCGGUGUGUGCGAGCAUCCAUACAGUAGGAACACGAUGCGAAUCUACUGCGCAAUGAGCUGUGAAUUUUGCCGUCAACCACAAUACUACUUGAAUGACGUCUAUCGUAAAUCGACAGCGAAGCCUAAAUUCCCCUCAAUAGUUCUGGAGCAGAUUUCGGCAAGAAACUUCGAAGUCAUCGGAGUGAUAGGGCUAAAAGUGCAA